UCUCUUCUAUCUUAGGAAAGUUUUCUCCUCAUUCCAAUUAUUUUUGGCAGAAAAUCUUAUUGAUGAAGAUUUUUUCUACAAUUUCGGAAACAUCUGUGCAUUGCCGUAGGAUGUAAAGAAGAUUAUAUUGAGAAUCAAUUGAAGAAGAACAUUCAGGGGAAAUAAUCCCGGUCAAUUUUUUUUUUUUUUGAUUUGAACCCUAACAAUUUUUGGGCGGGAUGAAAAUCAAAAGAAAAUUCAUUUGUGCUGGAUUAUUUCCCGCUUGGUGUUUUUUGGAAUAGCUAUAAAUCUCAACCCUAAAAUCAAUUAAGAGAUUUUCAAAGAUAUAUCUUUUUGGUGAAUUAUCAGAGAUCAAAAACAGAAAGAUGUCCACUUCUUUUUCAAGGGAAGAAAGCCCCACAUUCAACUGGCUUCCCUCGCCUCCGAGACAUAGCCCCAUAGUAUCUGGACCAAGUCAUGGUGCACAUAGUUCAGGGGGCCAAUCUGAUGAGAUUGUGUUAACCCAUGAAUCAGACUAUGCUCUGACUUCUCAAGACAAUGAAAUUGAGAACACUGAUGACCGUUUGCCAAUAUCCUUUAAUGAGCAUGGGCAAUGGAACGGGCCACCAAAUUUUUUAACCUUGAUCGAAGAGAUUACAAGGUCGAAAAUAGGUUUGGGGUACGCGACUUGGAAAGAGGUUCCUCAAGAAUACAAAGAAGAUAUUUGGAACUUUGUUCAUAAUAUGUACCAGGUAACAGCUAUCCAUAAGAAGUGUGUUUUAGCAAAAGCAAACAGUGCCUGGAGAACUGAAAAGUCAAAUAAAAAACGAUUGCUCAAUGAUGUUACAUCUGUGGAAGAAGAGAAAAGGAAGUUGCCAGCAUACAAUAAGAAAGAAUACUGGGAGAAAUUUAUUAAUAACAUCAGUGACCCAAAGUGGCUGAAAAAAUCUGAACAAGCUGCGGAAGCACGGUCAAAUGUGAAGGCUCAAUAUACAGGUGGUAGGAAAGGUGUCCCUACAAGGUGGAAUGAAUUGGAAAAGGAAAGCCCCAUUGGUCAGAUAUAUUGGCCAGAUGUGUUUCUGAAAACACAUAGACCCACCCCAGAUGAUGAUCCCUCGUCUUCUAAAUCACAGGCAGCUGCAAAACUUGCACUAAUGAAGGAGGCAUAUGAUAAAAAUCCUUCAACACAAAAGUGUUUGGGCACUGACGCUGUCACCGAGAUAUAUGGCGCUGAUCAAAUGGGAUACAUACGCGGAAUGGGUGCUGGUAUUUCUAAAUCUCAGUUUCUUGCUGCUGAGUUUAUGAAGGACAAGUUGCAGGAAGUGAGGAACAAGUUGCGGAAAGAGAUGCAGAAAAACGAAGCUUUGAAAGCACAGUUGGAUGCUGAAAGACAGCAAAACAGCACUGCAAUACAUGGUCAGAUCUAUGAUAGCUCUUAUCAACAGGGUAUUGGGAUCCCUUCGUCCUCUCCUUCGUCGUUUGGUCUUUGCUGUUUGAGGAACUUCAGAAAAAAGGUUGUUGCACUUGCAUAUGUUGAUACUAAGCUACUGAUUGAUGACCACUUCGACUGCAUGAUUGAGGAAAUUAUUGAUCCAACUGCGAUGUUGUGUGAUAAAGAUAAUGAUGAUGUACUUGGGAAUGUUGAAAGAAGCGAGUUUUUUAAGUGGCCCAAGGCCUAUGUGACUACUGUAGGAGAGCCAUCAAGUUAGAAUGGUGGUGAGAGUAGAUUGAUUAGUUUUUUAAU